UUUCUUAAGAGUCUAUUAUUAUGGAGUUCACUUUUGGAGGAGCCAUGUUGCCUUAUUUUAUCAUAUUUCUUGUUUCUGCAUUGGGAUUUGUGCAGCUAAGGCCAAGUCAUUGGUUGGAAGUCUUAAUUACCUGCAGUCUUUCAGUUCGAGUAGUUUCAGUGUUUAGGCAGGACUGAGGAGUGGCAGGUUUGGAAUAGAGUAGCUCAGUAGCAAACAUUUGCCCAGAUGCUCAGAGAUACCAAGCCCAAUCCCAAGCACCACUUAGAAAAAAACUAACUGGAGUCUCUUGUAGUUCCUACUAUACAGGUUGGUGCUGUGUAUGAGGUGAGGGUGGGACCAGUCAAGGGUCACUUGUCUAUUUCAGAGCUGUUUUCACUUUAAGAUCUCCCCUUCUUUGUGUACUAAUAGCCGGUGCUAGCCAGCAAGGAGCUUACAAUUUCUUUUUACUGUUUUCUUUGUUUGUGUAUGUGGGAGGGGGUGUUGGGGAUUGAAUGAAUACAGGACCUUGUUAUGUGAAACACACACUUUAUCACUGAGAUACAUCCCCAGCUAAAAGAAGCAAUUUCCAGUCAUUGAAUGUAUUUGCCCACUUUACAGGUAAUCCUUUAACUUCCCAGUCUUCACUGGAAAAAUUUAAUUUCAAAAUCAGUUUGUGUUUAAUUCUCUCAUAUAGUUCUAAGUGGAUAUAGUUAAUAGGACUAAUAAAAGGUUAAUUUGAAAAUCUGGUUCUAUAAGGUAUCAGUAACUGACAAUAGCAGGUUGCUACUCCUACCAGAGCUUCACAGAAAACAGAAUAGACAGGCAUGGUAACACAUGCCUAUAAUCCCAACACUUGGGAUGCUGAGGCAGGAGGGUCACAAGUUUGAGGUGCUAUAAAGCAAGACCUUUUCUCAGGGAAAAAAAAAAAAACAUAGGUUAGAUUCUUUCCCUUAAUGCCACAAUAUCAGGUACCUUUGACCAAUGAGUAAAAAGGUAAGACUUUGUUUAAAAAAAAAGAAGAAGAAAAUAGGACAAAAGCUAGUCAGGAAGCCCUCUUGUACUAUAUAAACUGUUUUCCAGCUUGUCCAAGCUUAUCUGGGUCUUUUGCUAUAAAGCAUUCUAAUCAAUAAGGGUGCCUUUUUAAAUUAAAAAAAAAUUGGUGGUACUGGGAAACAAUCAUUAAACACCUAAGUACCAAUCAGUGGUUCAUACAGACCACAGAGAUGACUAUAUCAUACUCACUCCCCUUCAGAAAGUUCAAUUGUAAGGCAAAUAUGUAAACAUAUGCAGAGUUGCAUGUUGAAUGUUAUUACACUGUUUGAAGCAGAGUGGAGGACAGGGUUGAGUGAUUGGUGAGCAUUCUCCAAAAGAACGGGUUAGAUUCAAUGAUUUCUGUUCAUUAAAGAGAACUAGCUCCUAGAAAGCAUCUCCUUUUUGUAUGUGUAUUUGAAUGGUCUCAGUGGACAGCACUUUCAUAAGAGCCCUGUGCAUGUGCAGCUUUGUGCAGUGGCUUCUUGGCACGAUGUGCUUCACAGGUGUUCAGCAAAACAUCCUACAUAAUUAACAUCAAGACUUAGUAGACUCUCUCUGCUUUACUCACCUCUUGUUUUAGUGUCAUAAGUCCUAUAGAUGGGAAGUCCAUGGAAUCUAUAACAAAUGUGAAGAUUUUCCAUGGAUCAGAGUAUAAAGCAAAUGGAAAAGUCAUCAGAUGGACCGAGGUAUUUUUCCUAGAAAAUGAUGACCAGCAUAAUUGUCUGAGUGAUCCUGCAGAUCAUAGCAGACUGACUGAGCAUGUUGCCAAGGCUUUUUGUCUUGCUCUCUGUCCCCACCUGAAGCUUCUUAAGGAAGAUGGAAUGACAAAACUGGGACUACGUGUGACACUUGACUCAGAUCAGGUUGGCUAUCAAGCAGGGAGCAAUGGCCAGCCCCUUCCCUCGCAGUACAUGAACGAUCUGGACAGCGCCUUGGUGCCAGUGAUCCAUGGAGGGGCCUGCCAGCUCAGUGAGGGCCCCAUCGUCAUGGAGCUCAUCUUUUAUAUUCUGGAAAACAUCGCCUAAAUGGAGAGGACUUCCAUUGUUUUCUGUUCAGAUCUGUUGCAACAGCAGUCACACUCAAAUCAUUUGCACUUUAAAACUGGAAGAUUAAGCUUUUGUUAACACUAUUAGUGGGGGGGGGUGGAAGAGGGAGGGACUAGGGGUCUAGGGAACAGGGGUGGGAAAGGGUGGUUGGGAGGACGGAUGUUCACAAUUCUAAGUCUUCUAUGCAUUAUACACCAAGAAGACCUGGGCAGCUUCUGUUCCUGCACAACAGUUAUGCUACCUUGCAGCUAAUCCCCUUCUGUUACUGUCUUAGACAAGAACUCUGCUCCUUUCUUUUAAGAUUACUUAUGGUCAUGUGCUCAAAAAUGCUCAGUUGGGUACAGCCAUCACCAAGGUUGGGGUGGGAGGGCAGAGGGGAAAUAAACAACGAAGCAUCAGUUUUGAACUCUUUGUACAGAAUUGGUAUGAAAAGGAGAAUUCUACUGUUCUUAUCCCAGUUACAUCACAGCUGUUUGUCAAGUAGAAAUUAUGCUUAGAGUUUUGUUUUACCAGAUUGAAGUGAAUCAAAGACCAAAGGAUUAUCUACUCUUGCAACCAUGGAAGAGCAACUCAGUGUAAAUGAAGUCAUUUUGAUAGCAGAGCUGAGUGCAGGAUCACUCAAGAUCCGCCCAAGUAAUUGGCAGAUAUUAAACUGAGUCUUUCUGUGAAAGCUAACAAAACACACCAUUUUUGUUUGCUAUAUACUAAAACUAAAACAUUUUAUUGAGAAGUCAUUUAAAUUUCCAGGAAAGUUUCAAGUAUAAAAACCACUCUGUACGCUUUCCCCAGAUUCAUUUAUUAUUCACAUAUUAACAUUUUACCCAUUUGAUUUAUCAGUGUUUCUCUUCCUCCUCACACCAUAAAACUGAAACAUUUCAGCAUUAAGUUGCAUAUACCAUAGCCCUUUACCCAACUGUUAACUUCCUAUUAAUAUGGACAUUUUCUUACACAACUGUAGUCAGGUCACAUUGAUACACUCCUUUAACAGAGUGCCUGCCUUUGGGAGCCUUUUUCUCCCCCCUCCCCUCCCCAAGUAAACCUUCCAGCCUGGAAUCAGACAUAGCAUGUAGCUGUCAUGACUUGCCUUAAUAUUUUUGUCAGUGGUACUUUUGUGAAUAUAAAAUCUGGAGUCCUAUAUCCUCCUCUUUUUUCAAACAGAAAAUACCCUCAUUAUUUCCUCACAAUUAGAAUCUAUUUAUGCAUUCUUGGCCAGCAUCACUUAAUAGCCAUCUUCCUCUUACUGAUGGUGGUAAAUCUGAUCCCCUGGUCAAUAUGUAGUCCAAUUUCUCCACUAUAUAUUUUCCCCUUUGGGACUAACAAUAUAUUCAGGGAUACUUUCAAACCACCCAAGUAUCUUGCUCAUCGGCAUCAAAACGUCCUCUUAGAUCUAGCAUCUGCUGAUGGCUCCUUACCCGAUCUUUCACUGUGACAACAGGAAAAUUACUUUCCAGUUCCAGCACUUUAUCAGCUGGACUUGGUAAUCUAUAUGAUGCCCUUCCCUCUUCUAUAUUUAUCUACUUAUUUUCAUUCUGGUCUCAUGGGUUGGUUUUUCAGUGGUUCUGAUUCAUUGUUUAGGUGCUCAAACAGUCUGUUUUGGCCAAGUGGAGCACGUUCAGGCUAGCUAGUAUUCUCGUGAUAUACUCCUAUUACUAAAAACUUCCUUUUUCUAGCCUAGAUGCUCCAGGCUGGGAAUCAACCAUUUCUCCAAGCCCUAGUUUCUCUUAGUGGGAGUGGUUUUAUGGAAACCAAGGUCUCAUUUACCCAGCAUAUAUGUGAUACUGUAAUUUCUCUUAUGUUAAAAAUUUAUUUUGAGGCCAGGUACAGUGGCUCAUGCCUGCAAUCCAAGCUACUCAGGAGACAGAGAUCAGGAAGAUGCCAGCCCAGGCAAGAA